AUGCGAUGUUUCACAAUAAACUUAAAUGGAUGUCAACUAAUUCCGGUUGAGGCAACAAAAUAUGGAUCACGGUCAAGAAUAUUACGAAUUCGAGUAUUUGAGUUUAAAAUUCAUUUUUUAAAUAAAGAAAAACAUUGCCAAUUAUAGUACAAAAUAUUCAAGCUUAAGCUUGGAUGAUACGUUAUGAUCGAGGUUAUGAUGCAUCUCAACUAUACCUAAAUUGAAACGAUUGUAGUCGAUUCCGGAAUAUCCAUAUUUGCCUUCGGAAUAUUAGAGACCAUAAUACUCUUAAUCCGGUCCUGGAUUCAAUGAAGUUUAUUUCAAAGAAUUUUAUUUUGCAUUUUUUUGAAAAUUGGAGAAACAACGCCAUAUGUAGUUUAUUUUCCUACCCGAGAGGAUUUCGGUAUGUAGUAAGGUAAAAGCACCUAAAAUGGACCACGCACCAAAAAUGAGUCACUGAAAAUAAUGCCUUAAAAACAAGAAUUCCCGACAUUGAGGGGAAGUGGUAUAUAAACAAUGAGUAAGCCUAUUCAUUACAGAAGUACCUGAAAAGGGUCGCGUUAUGAUCGUGUUGCUGUAUUUUAAACAAUGAAAGCAUUUAUGUAGUGUCGUUGUACUUCUCAGUGUUCAGUAGUUUUUUUAAACGUUCAUGCUAAGGAGGUAAGUUAAUUCGUCAUUUUUAUUUUACUUUCGUAUUUCUUAUUUUUCACCAGAAUGAGACCUUAUACUAACUUAGAGAGCUUUCUUUAAGUCAUGUUAUAUAAAUCUAUUUAAAAAAAACGAAAUAUCAAUUAAUUUUAGGGGGGUUCAUUUUAGGAACAUUAAAAUGUCCAGGGCGCCUAUAUUGGGCCACGUGGCCCAAUAUAGGAGCAUGCGCCAAAAUCGUGCUUAAGGUUGAAAUAUGCAUGGCAUGAAAUACUAAUUCGAUCCCAUUCCCAUUCCAUACCACGAGCGACCCUCCUUCGGAAAUCAAAGGGAGGAAUAUUAGCUACCAAAACAGGACCAUCCACAGUUUUAUGUGAGGAACACGAAAGAAUAAUCGUGUUUUGGAUUAAAACCAUGGCUAAAGCAGGAUUUCCUGUAUCUAAAGAAACCUUGCUUUACAGCGUAGAAAAGCUGGCAAGUGAGGUUGGAGUGACAUUUGCAGAAGGGAAGACAAGACCAGGAAGAAAAUGGUAUGAGUGUUUUCGAAAACGUCAUCCGCAAAUAAGUGACCGAACUAGUCAAAAUUUGACGUCACGAAGAAGAGAUGUCCAACAAGAAGAUCUUGAUAGGUGGUUUAACGAAGUGGAAUCUUAUGUCAAAGAAAACCAACUUCAAGCAGCAUUCGAAGACCCUGCACGCAUUUUUAAUACGGACGAAACUGCGUUUUUUUUAAAUCCAAAACCUGGAAAAGUAUUGGCCGAAAAGGGAAUUAAGAAUGUUUAUACAGCCGCUGGUGCUGAUGAAAAAGAAAAUUUGACGGUUUUGAUUACUGCAAAUGCUGCAGGUCAGCUUGCACCACCGAUGAUUGUGUAUAGGUACGCAAGAAUUCCCGCCAACAUAGCUCAUUCGGUACCACCUGGAUGGGCAAUGGGAAGGUCAGAAAAUGGCUGGAUGACGCAAGAAACGUUUUACGAAUAUAUGGCGAUUAUAUUCGAACCGUGGUUAACAUUGACCAAUAUAGCCAGACCAGUGGUUUUUUUCAUGGAUGGUCACACGUCACAUAUGUCUCUACCCGUCACCAUUUAAAAGGGCGUUUUUAUGGCCGGUUCAAACAGCUGGCCCAAAAAAGAGAGCGAAGGAAAAAAUUCCCGCUGUGUGUACGUCUCCAAGUAUGCUCACUUACUAUAAGAAGAAAGAGGAAUUAAAGAAAAAAAAAGAAGAAGAAAAAGAAGAAAGAAAAAUGAAACGAGAAGAAAAGAAAAGAACCACAGAAGAAAAAAAAAGGAAUGCAGCAGAAAAAAAGAAAAAACGAUUACACGAUGAAUCAGAAUCAACUGCUAGUGAUUUGGAACCACCACUACAGGAGUCAUCCGAUUCACCAUGGGAAGUAGAAACUGAUGGAAGUGAAGACAUAGAAUCUGCCGUACAAACGAAGGAAGUUAAAACAGGGAACUACGUUUUGGUAGAAUUCAUGGGUGGUAAAAGAAAGUCUACAAAAUACACGUAUUUGUGUAUAGUUCAAGAACAUGGUACUGAAGGGAUUAAAGUACAAGGACUAAAAUCAGUAGAUACAGAAAAGAUGAAGUUUGUUAUAGUUGAGAAUGACAUUUCUUUCAUUUCCAUUAAUCAAGUCCUAGGUGUAGUCAGCCAACCCGAAGUUGCAAUGGUUGAUAGAAGAUUGACGUAUGUUUUCAAAAAAAAAGUUGCCGUCAAUGAAAUGUAAUAUUUUAUAUUUUUUUUGUAUUAUAAUACUUUUUUCAUGACUGUUUUUUGUAAAAUCUACCAUUUAUUAAAAUACUAAUUUAA